AACCCAUAACAGCACACAGCUGAUUGUAGAAACGAAAAGGUUAUUGAAUUUAAUGAAAUUACUGUUGAUUAAUUACGAUAUUUUGCUUCCGUUUUGGAAAAAAUAAGAAUUCAUUUAUUGUAUUUUAAUUGUCAAGAUAAUUUUUUUUCCGUUACAUAAUUAAUGACUUUAAGGUAAACCUUUGUUUUCGGAACAUUUAUUGGUGUAACAGAUGUUUGUCGUGAGAAAUGUCACAAAUUGAUAUUAAAGACUUAUUCGACGAAAGUAGAUUUCCCAGUGGCUGGAAACUAGUGUCUCUGCUUCUGUAUGCUCCAUUGGGAUUGAUAUUGGUCGUUAUUCGUCUAUUAAUUAGUCUUCAAAUUUGGAUAUUAGCUUCAAUUCUUCCCAAUUGUCGACCAUUACGAACAUAUCUACACAAUGGUCUCAGUUUGUCGUUUGGAAUUAUUGUUAAAAUUGCACCCGACAGCGAGAAACGUGAUCCAGAGACGAGGAUCGUAGUUGCAAAUCAAAUCUCGACAAUGGAUCAUUUUGUGAUUCGUCGAGUCGCCCAAACAGUAACUCCAAGUGUUUGGGAACUUCCAAGUUCGCUCAGCGAAGCAUUAGGUAUUCAUAAAAUGGACAUGAGUAGUAAGGAUGUUCUUGUGGCAAAUAUAAAACAAAUUCUUGCUACAACAAAAAGUAAUAUUGCCCUUCAACCUGAAUUUGGCGCAACAAAUAAUCGUGUUGCGCUAUUGAAAUUUAACUCAUGGCCAUUUGGAAUUGAAUCAUCUGUUCAACCUUGCGUAAUUAAGGCAAAGAGGCCUGAAUUUGUUGAUGUAAGACUCACAUCCGUUGCGUCCACGAUAUGGAUUGAUGUUCUUUGGUUUCUCUUUGUUCCUUAUACAAUUUUCACAUUAAAAUAUCUUAAAGUUAAGAAAAAUACCGAUCAAGAAAUUCUCGUGCGAGAAGUCGAGAAAGAAAUUGCAAAUGAUCUUCAUCUGCAAACAAGUACGCACACUAUUUCCGAUAAAAAUGAAUAUGAAAAACGUUAUCUACGUGAAAAAAUGCAAAAUCGAGGAACUCAAAGUAGAGGAGUGCAAAGCAGAGGUUCCACUUCUCGUCAGGCUGGAAGUGUCGAUAUGCUGCGAAUGGCUCAACGUGUUAACGAAGUACUUCCCAUGGUUCCACGCAAUGUGGUUCUCCGCGAUUUGUUGAAAACAAGAAAUGCGGAAAUAACAAUAGCCAAUCUCCUCGACGGCAUAGUGACUUACACACCGGAACAGUCGUCACCAAUUGUCCAGGAGAAUUCGGUGCCAAAGCACCAGGCACAAAUGACAAAAGGUAUUAAAAUGCCGGGUACACUUUCCUUCCAGGAAAGAAAAGCAAAAAUGAUAGCAGAAGCCCGCGAGAAAUAUAUAGAGAAGCACGGACUCAAAAACUGUUGAUGUUCUCAAUGAGAAUUACAAAUUUUAAUACCACCACUUAAUAAAUAAGGUAAAUUGAGAACAAAAAAAAAAGAAAAAAAGUUGUAUCAUACAUGUUUUUGUUGUAUAUGUAUU